AUGUAUCGUCUUCAAUCUUACUGGAUUGCAACUCUUCUCAUCGUUUGUCUAGUUGUUGACUUUCAGCCAUAUAAAGUCAGUGCUACUCCGAUCGAGACUACCGCUGCAACUGAAACAUCAACAACGCAAUUAGACGAUCAUAAAGCGAAACUUCUCAAAUAUCAACGUAUGAAAUCUUUCCUGGUACCAUUUCCACCGUCACCAUUCAUCCAACCAUUUCCUGAUUAUCUCUAA